AGAGAGUAGAGAGCUAGCCAUGAAUUCUUUUCAGAAAAAGGAGUCCAAGAGGACUCUUUUUUCACCUGUCUCCUUUGAAGAGGCACCCUCUCGACCUCCCAGUCCUCCAAAGAAGCCACCUCGGAAAAUCUGUGGCACCAACUAUCCACUGAGCAUUGCCUUCAUUGUGGUGAAUGAAUUCUGCGAACGUUUCUCCUAUUACGGCAUGAAAGCUGUGCUGACCUUGUAUUUCUUGUAUUAUCUGCACUGGCAUGAAGACACUGCCACAUCUGUCUACCAUGCCUUCAGCAGCCUUUGUUACUUCACCCCCCUCCUGGGAGCAGCCAUUGCAGAUUCAUGGCUGGGGAAAUUCAAGACAAUCGUUUACCUUUCCUUGGUGUAUGUGCUUGGCCAUGUGAUCAAGUCUUUGGGUGCCAUACCAAUGCUGGGGGAACAGAGCCUGCACAGAGUCCUAGCGGUGAUUGGUCUGAGUCUAAUAGCUUUGGGGACAGGUGGUAUCAAGCCCUGCGUAGCCGCUUUUGGUGGAGAUCAGUUUGAAGAAAAACAUGCAAAUGAACGGACUAGAUACUUCUCAGUCUUCUAUCUCUCCAUCAAUGCUGGAAGCUUGAUUUCUACAUUUGUCACCCCCAUGUUGAGAGGAGAUGUCCAGUGUUUUGGGGACGACUGUUAUGCCUUAGCUUUUGGGAUCCCAGGAUUGCUUAUGGUGAUCGCUCUUGUUGUAUUUAUAAUGGGAAGCAAGAUGUACAUCAAACCACCUCCUAAAGGAAACAUUCUGGCUCAAGUUAUCAAAUGUGUCUGGUUUGCUAUUUCCAACCGUUUCAAGAGCCGUUCUAGAGCCAUCCCAAGGAGACAGCACUGGCUGGACUGGGCGGCUGAGAAGUACCCAAAGCAGCUCAUUAUGGAUGUGAAGGCACUGACCAGGGUGCUGUUCCUUUACAUCCCACUGCCCAUGUUCUGGGCUCUUUUGGAUCAGCAGGGCUCACGGUGGACCUUGCAAGCCACCAAGAUGGAUGGGAAUUUGGGGUUUUUUGUGCUUCAGCCUGACCAGAUGCAAGUACUAAAUCCUCUUUUGGUUCUUGUCUUCAUCCCCGUAUUUGACUUUGGCAUUUAUCGUCUGGUCUCCAAGUGUGGAAUUCACUUCUCCUCCAUUAGGAAAAUGGUUGUGGGUAUGCUCCUAGCAUGUCUGGCAUUUGCAGUUGCUGCAGUCAUAGAGAUAAAAAUCUAUGAAAUGGUACCUUCCCAAAUGGGUCCCCAGGAAGUUUUCCUACAAGUCUUGAACGUGGCAGAUAACGAGGUGAAGGUGACCGGGCUGGCAGCUAACAAGUCUCUGUUGGAGAAGUCCAUCAAACCCUUUCAGAAAACACCACACCAUUUCAAACUGCAGCUGAAUGCUAAAAAACAGGAUUUACACUUCCUCUUGGAAUAUCAAAACUUCUCUGUUUACACUGAGCAUUUCUUGGAGGAAAAGAAUUGGUACAGUUUGAUCCUUCAUGGAAAUGGAGAAAAUGUAUCCAGUGUGAUGGUGAAGAAUGUUGGAAACAAGACCACUGCGACAACUGUGAGGUUUGUCAACACUUUGCAGACAGAUAUCAAUAUCUCCCUGGGUAAAGAUACAAUCAUCAGUGUUGGUGAGGCCUUUGGCGUAUCUCCCUCCAGAGCUGUGGAAAGAGGAGAAUACCCGACAGUGUACUGCAGAACAAAAGAUGAGGACUUUUAUCUGAAUUUGGGUCGACUGGACUUCGGUGAAGCGUAUUUAUUUGUUAUUACUAAUAAGACCAGGCAGGGCCCUCAGGCCUGGGAGAUGGAAGACAUGACAACAAGCAAAAUGUCAAUCGCGUGGCAGCUGCCACAAUACGCUCUGGUUACAGCAGGAGAGGUCAUGUUCUCUGUCACAGGACUUGAGUUUUCAUAUUCUCAGGCUCCCUCGAGCAUGAAAUCCGUACUCCAGGCGGCGUGGCUGCUGACAGUGGCUGUGGGGAAUGUCAUUGUGCUUACGGUGGCACAGUUCAGUGGCCUGGCACAGUGGGCCGAAUUUAUUUUAUUCUCCUGCCUCCUGCUGGUGGUCUGCCUACUGUUCUCCAUAAUGGGCUACUACUAUGUUCCUGCGAAUCCAGAGGAGACUCAGGGACCAGAAAAUAAGCAGCUUUCUCAUAUCCAAGGGAACAUGAUCAACCUGAAGACCAAGAAGACAAAGCUUUAGCAUUUUCCAGAACCCUGACUAACCUAAAUGUCUGGUCCCUAUCUCAAUCAAUAUCCAUCUUGAAGUAUUGUUUUCUUUCACGAGGUUAGGUGACAGAAAAUAUGCAUGUCAUAUCUGUGCUAACCUCCUCCACCUGUUCUCAUGAUAAAGAUGGUUCUAGGACUGGGUUUUCAAGUACAUUCUGAGACUGUAUGUCUUUCCAACGACAUGUGAAUUCAGUAAACCUUAUGCAGUGCUGUUGAAAUUGGCCUGAUGUGUUCAGAUGGCCAUGAAAAGACAAAUGUAAAAUGGAUAUCAGUCUCUGUAUAUAAACGCAUGUGAAAAUAAUUUUACCAUCUGUGUAGUGCUGAUAUUCUCACUUGUGGAGAUGCUAAGUUAGGGGACAAAGUUGCAGAAUACUGGAGAAACAAUAUUUCAAGUGUUUGCAUAAGUAAUGUAGUCAUGAGGAUAUCAAGAAUUGUUAUGUCUGGUAUAAUUUGGUCCAGCAAGGAAGGGCCAAAUCUGUACUUUCCAAAGUACAGACGUGGUAGCAAUGCUGCUGAAUCUUCCCAGAUACUUUGACAUGAACCAGACCUUGAAGCAGAGUCCAACGCAUAGCAGCGCUGGCUCUUGAGGUAGGAAAUCUUAACAGAAGCAGAGUGUCUGAUAGUUCUACCAGAGUGUCUGGUGGGUUCAAACCACUGACACUUGAAGUAUCAGUCCAGUGCUUAACUUGUGCACCUCCAGGGUAUCAAAUCAGGUUCUUCUCCUUCAAAAGACCACCUGUCCACUUUUGAGUAGAUUUAAAUUUAAACUGCUAUAUGGAAUAUUGCUUCUGGAGAUGUUAACAGUGCUCUGUAAAUAAAAGUUUCUAAGAACAAGUA